CAGAUAACCCUACUCUCUCGCCGACCCGGCCAUCUAUUCCCCGGCACGCCCGUUUCUUUGUGAAAUAGGUACUCUGCGUGGAUGCUGGCCACUUGAAGGGCGACUGGAACGGUAUGAUGCUGGUCGCGACGGGCACGGACGCCGACAACAAGCUGGUGCACGUUGCGACCAGCAUCUGCGACAAGGAGAACACCGACAACUACUCGUGGUUCUACAGGAUGAUGAAGAACAACGUCGACAUGGCGGAGAUACUCAACAGCCCGAAGACCACUCUCUUCACGGACAAGCGCAAGUCGCACGAACCUACCAUCACCCUUCACGCGCCCAACACUGUGUGGAGAUGGUGCCUUCGUCAUCACAUCAAAGCACUUGCCGAGGCCUCUGGACAGACUGUGACCCACUGGCUCUACCACGCAGCCAGGGCGCCAACCCGCACCAAGUUCAUGGACACCAAGGUCAAGCCAACGAAGCCGAAAGCCUACGCCACUCUAUUGGACCCGAAGAAACCCCACGAACUUGUCAAGUGGACGCACCACGCUGGACCCACCGACACAGCCAUCGGGGGUGUCGUGUCGUCCAACGCGGCCGAGAAGAACGUGGCUAUGGUAGGCCUGCAGGCCACCAAGUAAGCACGACAAGGAAGAUGUCGUGCUUGAGUACGUCAGGAAUCGGGAAUGAUGUCGGCAGCCAAAACGAGUCAAGAUACCUGCUCUCGUCACCAAGGUCCUAACAGUGUCGCCGUUACUUCAUUCACAGGGGAGGAAGUUGCCGCCCUACAACAUGGCCCAGCACAUUCUGGACAAGACCGCCUCCCAGAUGGCAGAGAGAGCUGAACUCGUCAACAGCGCCUCGCAAAGGUUUACCCCUUUCGCCUCUAAGGAGUUCGAGGCUCAGCGCGCGAACUCCAGAAAGUUGUAUGCACAUGAUUCCGGUUGGCAACUUUCAUUCAAUUCAAAAGCGAAAACAAAUCCGUCAAGUUUUUCAGCUUCGCUGACACGGUCCCCACAUGUUCCACAUGUAGAAUACCACAUGUACUUGUGCCUCUUUCCGGCAGCUCGAAAAGACGUCAAUCCUGGGUUUGGAGUUCGGAGAUUUCUCCGACGCCGGUGCAAAAAUCUAAUAAAAUCAUGCCGUUCUUGUUUCUUCACCUUCGUUUGCUUGUUGGCGUUGUUUGUUGUGGAUACCGGGAUAUAGUCUCUCUGACCAUUGCCAUCUCUCCGCCGAUUUAUGUUUUGUUAACGCUGGAGUUGACGUGUCUGCCUUCUACGGCAACUAUACAACAUCGUAAUUUCGUCCUUUGCUGUCCAUUCCACGACUCGCGCCCAUCUUCGUAUCACAGCCUGCACUCCAGCGCCACCGGGAACGGCAACUUCACUGUUCGCAAACUAGGCAGCAACUACGGCAACCGAGUGGGGCUGGAGUUCGGGACGCGUAGUGACUCGCAUGACCUGCACGUGCGGCUAC